UCUGCGAUCAUUGUGCAACACUGGAGCCGAAAAUCUGCCGAGGUUGCUGUUGGCGCUGCACGAUUGCUAUUAUUGUUUAGAUUUAAAAAGCUGAAGAAAAGACUGAAUGCAUUAGGAAUAAUAGAAGCAGUGGGGUGAAUCCCCUGUGUUUGCUGAGCAUGAGCAUGGAGGAUUAUGACUACUUAUUCAAAAUUGUGCUGAUAGGAAAUGCAGGAGUGGGCAAAACCUGCCUCGUCCGACGCUUCACUCAGGGGCUCUUCCCUCCCGGACAAGGUGCCACUAUUGGAGUUGACUUCAUGAUCAAAACUGUGGAAAUAAAAGGAGUGAAGGUGAAGCUCCAGAUCUGGGACACGGCCGGGCAGGAGCGGUUCCGCUCAAUUACCCAGAGUUACUACCGCAGUGCCAACGCUCUCAUUCUCACCUACGACAUCACCUGUGAAGAUUCCUUCCGGUGCCUUCCUGAGUGGCUGAGGGAGAUCGAGCAGUACGCCAACAACCAAGUAGUGACAAUCUUAGUAGGGAAUAAGAUAGACCUGGCUGAUAAGCGAGAAGUCCAUCGGCAGCGGGCAGAGGAGUUCGCGGAGGCGCAGAGCAUGCUUUAUCUGGAGACCUCUGCCAAAGAAUCGGACAACGUGGAGAAGCUCUUUCUGGAUCUGGCCUGCAAACUGAUCCGCGAGGCCAAGCAAAACACGCUGGACAACAACGACUCCACUCCCAUGCCUGGAGAAGGGAAAAACAUCAAUUACUUGAGUUGCUGCAGCAUGAACUAGUAGACUAGUAGCCACUCUGUCUGGCUGAGGGGGGCGACAUGGAUGGCAUACAAAGUGGUUGUAUUGUUGGUAACCGCUACGUAGUUGCAGUGGUUACUGUUUUCCACUGUUGUUGAAGUCUAGUUCUUUUACCCUUCUUAAAUCCCUGGGUAUUUUAAAGCAUUCGGGAAAAACAAAAUAGCGAGACGAUGCUGCUUUUAAAGGUGGGUCCGAAGCUUCUUGACGCUUUUGGCCAGAAAUAAAGGGCCUUGUUGCGUAAAAAUGGUUGCUGAUAGGUCAGACAAUGAGAUUUUUCUACACUUCUGUACAAUACAACAGUUGGGAUAUCCCUGCUGACUCGAGAGCAAAUGUAUUUGUCAUAUUAGAGAUUUAAAAAAAAUGAGAACGCAAGUCUUCAUCAGCAGUCUCACUCACUUGAAGGACCAGUUCAUCCAAAACAUAAAGCAUUCUGUCAUUAUUUAUUACCCUCAUGCUGUUCCAAAUCUAUAUGACUGACUUUAACACAAUAGAAGAUGUUUUGAAGAAUGUUCAUGAAGCUCUUUUCCAACGAAAGUAUAUAUUGACCAAAGCAGUCCAUAUGACUGUGCAUUACAUUCUAAGUCUUCAAAGUUUAAAAUGACAUGAGGGUCAGUAAAUAAUGAAAGAGUUUUUAUUUUAGGAUGAACCGCUCCUUUAAGACUUCCACAAAAUUGGUGUAUUAGUGUGCACAUUUAUUAUUUGCACAAAAUGCACUUCUUGAUGAUUGCUUGCGAGAUUGUUUGAGGUUGCUUAUGCAUGCUUUUUUAUUUUAAUUUUAUUUUUUUUUUAAAUCAAGACAUCAAUAAUAAUGCAAACAAACAGCCAGCUUCCUUAAUCUAUAUUAGGAAUAUUUGAAGGAAAACCACGGCUUUAAAUGCUCAUUUGUCAGGUAGUCAGUUUAUAAGAAUAUAAACUCCCCUUACUGCUUGCAUGGAAAUUUGGCUGUUAAUAAACAGAGAAGGCCAUGUUAUUUUGAGAAGUCAUAGCAAAAAUCCAAUGUGCCUCUGCCAUUUGUAUCCUGUCGUCAUACAUUAGAUAGCAGCGGGAAUCUCAUGGAGCACAUGUUUGGGUCAAAUUUAACUAGGACGAUAUAGUAGGUUUGACAUUUUAAUUUAGUUCAUUUCAACGAUGACUCUGAUUCUCAGUACUGUAAAAUGGUAAUGGGAAUAAUACUGCCCAGACACAAUUAUAUUUUUUAUAUUUUGACUGUACAACAUGUACUCCAUUUUGGCAUUAUUCAUAGGAAUUAGAUUUUUUUUAAUUAAAGUAAUAAGAACAGAAAGUGUUAAUGUUACUUAAUUAUGUAACAGAAAUUAAUUUUUUUUCAUAAAAUAAGCUUUUUUAUUUUCUUUCUUUCUUUUUUUUAUUUUGAGGCGAAAUUCACCACCAUUCAAAUGCUUGGGGUUCGUAUGAUUUUCUAUAAAAUAAUUUUAUUCAACAAGGAUGCAUUAUUAAUGCAUGAUUAAUGACAGACAUUUAUUAUGUUAUAAAUAACAAUUUAAAUUUAAAAUAAAUGCUGUUAUUCUUACUUUUUUUUUUUUCAAAUAAUGAACAAAAAAAACCUUUCCACAAAAAUAUUAAGCAGCAAAACUGUUUUUAUUAACAAUAAUUCAAAGUAUUUCUUCUAAUUCCAAAUCAGCAUCUUAAAAUUGUUUCCGAAGGAUAACAUGACACUGAAGGAUGGAGUAAUGAUAAUAAUAAUAAUAAAUAUUCAUUCAAAUGCAUUCAAUUUAGAAAGAGAUUUAUCUUAAUUUUUUUUUUUUUUUUUUUUUUUUUAAAUCUUACUGACCCCAAACAUUUGAAUGGUAGUGUAUGGCAUGUUCUUGGCAGGUCAUCGGGCCUAGAUUUUUCAGAUCACAAACGUUUUUAGUUGCUAAGCUCUUAGAUAUUGUCCUUUUAAUGUCUUUGCACAUUAUACAUUAAAAAGUAAACAAUUAAAAAAAAAAUACUGCACUGUCUAAAACGCUUAUUCCCCCCCCACCCCCGCCAACACAUUUUUAUAUAUUACCAAGACUGAAGUAUAUCAGGAUGCUUUGCUGUUAAUUUAGUUCAGCUUUGGUAUUGUAAUAACCGUAGCGAUGUUUAAAGCUUUUGGCACUGGGAGGGCGAAACAACAGUGUGUGUGUGUGUGUGUGUGUGUGUGUGUGUGUGUGUUGUGUGUGUGUGUGGUGGGGGGGGGAUGUAGUUUGUGUGAAUGAGAUGUAUUUCAUAGAUGUUUCAAGUGAGUUCUUGCACAAAUGGUCUUUGUGUUCCAAUGCGUCAUAUUGAGGAAUAGAUGAUGGAGUUGUUUAACGGUGUGAUACAGUGUGAUUCUGGUUUCGGUUGGCCUUUGUCUGUUCUGGAACUGUGUUGUGCAUUUUAAUGACUUUUAAACAGUUGGAACUUGUACCUCCAACUUUGGCUGUGCUGUAAGGUUGUUUGCACCUGUGUCAUUACAAUGGAACUGUGAAUCUCCUCUUUUAUAGACUUUCAGUAUUUUACUUGCUGCUACAGAUCUUUUUCUUUCUUUCUUUAAUUUUUUUUUUUUUUAACAUAAUUGAUGGAAUUGCAGCUGAGGUUUUAGAUGCUGUAUGCUUGAUUCAGUGAUUUAGUUUAGACUGAUUUUUCUUUUUUUUUUUUUUUUCUUUCAACAAAAGGUAUUCACUAAAACACUAAAACAACAUCGUUUAACUUGAGGACCAAUUGUUUCAGCUUCUUUGGUUGUCCAUCCAGUUACUUUGCCAUAUAUUGUAUUUUCCUCAUAUGUACACAUAGCUGCUUAUACGAUAUUAAGCUUUUCUAUUAACAUUUUAUUUUAAAGUGAUGACCUUUUCUAGUUUUGUAUAAACAGUUUUCUUUCUAUGUUACAUGACGUGCCAUGCACAGUAUUUUAUCUGUCAGGUAUUUUUGUCUAGCGUUCUUUUACAGAUAUAUGCCAUAUUGUAAUGUGUUGCAUUGUGUACCAAUAAGACUCUAGGAUUAUUUCUUUUCUAUGUUCUAAUUUCCAGUAUAGUAUAUGUAUUACUAAGUGCUUACUUUUUUCUGUGUGGACAAUGUUAUUAUGACCAUUUCAAUAUGUGAAGUACAAUAUUCAUCAAGGAGUCUUUUGUCUAGUGAAGAUAAAAUGCCAUUCUCUAAACCCCACAAGAUCUGUAUCCAAAGUAGAUAACUGUACAUUUAUUGUUUUAGUGUGUGCUUUCAAUAUAUAAGUUGUGAUGCAUUAUGUGUAAUACAUUUAUCAUAAAGAGACAAACCCCAUGA